AUGUCGGCUGACGUCAUCGUAGACGACGCGCUUGUCGAUUUUGCCGACAAAUCCUUCAAAAUCGAUGGAAAAAAGGAGGCCAAAAAGAUCGUGCAAGCCUUGAAGAAAUGCCCUCAAGUGGCGGUUUUGCGGCUCUCGGGGAACACUUUGGGCGUCGAAGGAGCUGAGGCCAUUGGAUCAGAGCUAUCUAACCAUCCGAAUCUCAAACACUGUUUAUUUAGUGAUCUUUUCACAGUGGGCGUGACAGAACUUUUAGCCAGUCCUGUCUGCUAUACGCUGCAAACCUUGAAAAUGAACAACCAAGGGCUCGGGCACCAAGGUUGCCGACACUUGACAGAAGCCUUAUUAAAAGGUCUGCGAGACAGUAACGGCUCCGGUCCCAAACUCAAAACCUUUUCGGCGGGUCGUAACAGAUUAGAAAAUUACGGAGCAAAACUUCUGGCAGGAGUGUUUUCGGAAAUGAAAUCGCUUGAAGAGCUACACUUAUACCAAAAUGGAAUUGGCAUUCAUGGGAUGGACGGAAUUCAGUGCCUGGUUAACGCCGUUGCAUUGAAUUCUAACCUACGCGUUCUAAACUUAUCGGACAACACACUUACUGCUGAUGGAGGAACGGAACUCGCGCGAAGCUUGGUGUACCUUUCAAAUCUCGAGGAGCUCAUUUUGGACGAUUGCUUAAUUCGAGGACGUGGCUGUCGCUCCUUGGCAAAUGAACUUGAACGAGAAAAUGUAGUUCCCAAUCUGACGUGUCUCCGCCUCUACGGCAAUGAAAUCACACGCGACGCGGGUGUCCACCUUGCCCUCUGUCUUGCAGGAAAGAAAAAACUGAAACACCUCAACCUAAAUGCAAACGAGUUUGGUUCCGAGGGCAUCGAUAUGGUUAUACGCACCCUUGAGUCUAUCGACCUCAUUGAGGCUCUCGAAAUACCUCCAGCUGAUCGAAGUAUAGACGACAGUGUCUCGGACGACGUCGAUCCCCGAUAUCGUGCAUUUGAUGAGGACCAAGGCAGUGAUAAUGAGGAGGAAGAUGACUACGAGGAAGGUGAAUACAAUGAGGGCGAGGAGGCCGAGGACUUUGAGGAUGAUGAAGUCUGUCCUACGGAAUCAGGUUUACACAGCAUUGGCAAAAGUGGCGACUCUUCAUUCCAAACAGUAAAAGAACGUUCUGUUGGAGGUCCCUUCGGAUAUGUGCCUCCAAAAUCAACGGAAAAGCAGACGGAAGCAGGGGGCGGUGUCUUCAGCUUUCGCUCCGUCCUCUCCGACAUUCAGAAUGAGGCUAACGCAAAUCACGGCUCCAAUCUGUUUUCUGCGCUCGACAGUACUGACGCGUCAGCAUGCCGCAGUAAACUCUGGGCAAACGCUUCCAUUGGCUCCAAAGCAGCACCCGUCUCCGGCCUCUUUGCUCCUCCACGUCUCGGUAUUGUUGUGACUCCUCCGAAGGUUAAUCCACCUUCCGAUGGUUUGUUUACCACGUCGGCUGCCUUGCAGCCGGCUGGCGUGGGCUCAAAAUUCAAGGAGGCGGAAGCUUUGGAUUGUCUUAAGAGAUGUAUGGCAUCACCCGAGGAUGAUGAACUAAUGCGAAUUUUGGCAGGUUGUGCAGUGGACUAUUUCUUACCCGACUUCCGAUCUACCUUCUGCACAAAGUACUGUAAAUAA